UUCCCAGCCUACCUUGAAAAAUACAUCGGCGCUCCGGCUUCUCGUCGCUCCCCGCACCUUUCAGCCCUUUGCCUGCCAACUUCUCCCAGCCGGAGGAUGCGGUAGCCGGCCCCCGCGCGCAGCAUCGGCCCUCCUCCGCGACGUUUGGCGUUUGGUCAGACGCUGCUCAGACGAUUGGCUCGGUAACUUUGGGAUUGCCUUGUGUUUCUUUUUUUUUUCCUUUUUUUUUUUUAACCUUUUUCUUUUUGUGGGUGUCUUGGAUUGCCUUGACGCACGGAACGAAGACGCGGAGGAUCGACGCGGAGGAGAGGAGAGGAGAGGAGAGAGAGAGGAGAAAGGAGGGGGAGAGGGAAACACAGGAGAAGCCUCCAUGUUUCAGCUGCCCAUCUUGAAUUUCAGCCCCCAGCAGGUCGCCGGGGUCUGCGAGACUCUGGAGGAGAGCGGGGACGUGGAGCGCCUGGGCCGCUUCCUCUGGUCGCUGCCCGUCGCGCCCGCGGCCUGCGAGGUCCUCAACAAGAACGAGUCGGUGCUGAGGGCCCGCGCCGUCGUCGCCUUCCACACCGGCAAUUUCCGUGAACUCUACCACAUCCUGGAGAACCACAAGUUCACCAAAGAGUCGCACACGAAGCUGCAGGCGCUGUGGCUGGAGGCGCACUACCAGGAGGCGGAGAAGCUGCGGGGCCGUCCGCUGGGCCCGGUGGACAAAUACAGGGUGCGCAAGAAGUUCCCCCUGCCCCGAACCAUCUGGGACGGAGAGCAGAAAACCCACUGCUUCAAGGAGAGAACCAGGCACUUGCUAAGAGAAUGGUACUUGCAGGAUCCCUACCCGAACCCCAGUAAAAAGCGGGAGCUUGCACAGGCGACUGGACUUACACCCACACAAGUAGGAAACUGGUUCAAAAACCGCAGACAAAGAGACAGAGCGGCGGCUGCAAAGAACAGGCUCCAGCAGCAGGUCCUGUCCGGCGGCUCGGUUCGCUCCCUGGCCGACGAGGACGGCACCGUGGACCGCCUGGGGAACUCGUCCAGUCCGGAGGCCAGUCUGUCCAGCAAGGCGGCCGCCUCGGCCAUCUCCAUCACCUCCAGCGACAGUGAAUGUGACAUCUGACGGCCGCGGCCAGGGUGUGAACCGAUUCCAGACAGGGGAGCGAGUGAAAGACAAUCUAAUAAAACAAGUCAUAGUGCCUGCGUUGAGUUACACACACACACACACACACACACACACACACACACACACACACACACACACACACACACACACACAGAUCCACUGAUAUUUGACGGCUGCCAAAACACGAGGGGGAUCUGUGAUCUGCGGCGUCCUUCUCCUCUUAGGCCUAUACUUCUGUUUUUGCUUUUUACCCACGCGUGGAUAACUGAACUUAAUACGGACGAGACGCGUUUCACGGACUAAUAAACCGACGCUUCGAGAUGAGAUGUGAAAAAAAGAAGAAAAAAAUGAAACAAGAAAAAAAAAAAAAAAGGAAAAGGGAUGAAGGGCAUCCAAACGCGCCUAACCUGCUGUUCUCUGUGGGUAUUUCAUGUUGAAAAGAACUGUGAUAUUUUUACUUUACUUUCAAAGUUUUAUAAAUAAUGUUUAUUUGCCUAUUUAAAACGAUCUGCUCUGUCUCUUUGAAUUUCAUAUUCAUUUGCUUGGUGUUUUUAAUACUUACCUUGUACACAGGUAAACCUGUUGAGCAUGCGCGCUUUAGUGACCAUGUGUUUCAGUAAAAGAAAAAAAAAGUAAAGAUAACUUAAUAAAAUAAUUGUUG